AUGUGCGUCAUGGACAAGCACAUGCGCAGCUUGCAAGGAGCCAGCUGUAGGAUCAAGUCCCUCGCUGGCAGGCUCAUCUUGUCUUCCGUGAGGGGCUGUUACACCAUGGUCUCCAGUGGGAUGCGCAAUGGGGAGGCGAGGGCGAUAGAGGACGUGGAGGAAACACGCUACCACCUGUACUUUAGCAUGAUGCUUUCGAUCAACAACGACAACAGCUGCUAUGACACGAACUCCUCCAUCUUAGUCUCUGAGCUGUCCGCUAUGCUCGCUCCCAUCGUCCCUCAGGACCUCAUUCCGCCCAUCGUGGCGUGCGCGGCCGUGCUGGUUGGAUGCCUAGCGAGCGAGUAUAUGCAGGAAGAAGCUCCUAUCGUUGUGAUGCGCCGACGGUGCAGGAGCACCGGCCUGUCCAUGCUCAACGACCUUCAGCUCGACGGCCUCAACGCCGUCUUCCCUGCCCUGGUGUUGUGCUACUACAUCUACAGGUCAGCCAGCGAGGACAGGGGUUGGUGGUACCACCUGCUUGACCUGGACAUGGAUGAUGAGCAGCUUGCCUCUAUCCGAGAUGAGGCUGCCGACUACCUCGCAGACCGCGUCCUUGCCGACGUCAUCCAGGACAAAGGAGCGUUCUUGGCCUGCCCGGCCCUUGUCUUGACCGGCGAGGAGGAGCUGCGCAUGCACUUGUACAGGAGGAAGGUGCUAGUGCCCAAGUACAUGAGGCUGUUCUCGUGGGCAAGCGCCGAGUACCAGGACAUGAUGCGCCAGAUGCUCGACCUCAUUGCAGAGAGGGGCUUCAGGGAGGCCGUCCAAAACGGUUGCCAGUGCCCAUGGAGGGAGCUGUUUCGGAGGGCGGAGUUCCUGGGCCUGUGGGAGGCAGAAGGGGUGGGGCUGAGCACCGGGGUGCUUGCAGACAUGCUGCAGUUGCUGCCCGACGACGACGUGCCCUUCUCGGCCAUGUUCUCCCUCAUCCUCCGAGACGCCGUCGGGGACCUGAGGCCCAGUCUCCGCCGCACUUCCCUGCAUGUUGAUGUCUUCCUUAGCUUUCUGGAUUUCAUCAGACUCUGCAAUCACACCAGCGUGUCUUACGAGAAUUUUGCUGCCAGAGUCAAGCUUUGUGUGCGUCCUCGCCUCGACUACGCCCCACACCUUCUGGCCGACAUGUCCAACAGCGGUCUCACCAUUCUUACCCGGAGGCGCCGGAAGGCGAUGCACAAGGUGAGCAGGGAGUUGAUGCUUGGCUAUGCGAUGCUUGCGAGCACCAUCUCGGACAACUACAGCCGCAUCUUGCCAAGGGACCGAUGGCUCGUUGGCGGUGAGGAGCAAGUAAAGGCUGUGCGGAGGCAAGCGUCCGAGCACAUCGUGAAGCUGCUGGGGAGGGUGGGGGUGUAG